UACCACACGUUGUAUGCACUUCCGGGGUAGAGUUCAGAAAAUAUUGACGGUGACCACAUGCCUGUCGGAGCUGGAGCUACACAGUUGUGAAUUAAAGUAUUAAAGUAUAUUAGAGCGCCGCAGAAUGAAGGACACGCCGCUGGCUAACUGUGAGCGGGACUUCCUGCUUACAGCCAUCGAGGAGAAAAAGCGCCUGGAUGGACGACAGACCUACGACUACAGAAACAUAAAGAUCACAUUUGGGACUGACUAUGGAUGCUGUUUUGUAGAUCUUGGGAAAACCAGGGUCAUGGCUCAGGUGUCGUGUGAGCUUGUGGCUCCUAAAGAGAGUAGACCAAACGAGGGCAUCAUGUUCUUCAACAUCGAGCUGUCACCCAUGGCCUCGCCGGCAUUUGAACAGGGCAGACAGUCUGAGUUGUCAGUGAAGCUGAACAGACAGCUGGAGAGAUGCUUGAGGAACUCCAAGUGCAUUGAUACUGAGUCCCUGUGUGUGGUGUCUGGAGAAAAGGUGUGGCAGAUUAGAGUGGACGUUCACAUGUUGAAUCACGAUGGCAACCUGAUGGAUGCUGCCAGCAUCGCUGCCAUCACCGCUCUGUGUCACUUCAGACGGCCCGAUGUCGGCAUCCAGGGAGAUGAAGUCACAGUGUACAGUCCAGAGGAGAGAGACCCUAUUCCUCUGAGUAUCUACCACAUGCCCAUCAGUGUCAGCUUCUCCUUCUUCCAACAAGGAACCUACCUGCUGGUUGACCCCUGUGAGCGGGAGGAGCGGGUGAUGGAUGGUUUGCUGAUGAUCGCCAUGAACAAACACAGGGAGAUCUGCUCCAUCCAGUCCAGCGGGGGCAUCAUGUUGCUCAAAGACCAGGUCAUGAGAUGCAGCAAAAUAGCCAGCGUCAAAGUGUCUGAAAUCACAGAACUCAUCAGCAAAGCUCUUGACAACGACAAAAAAGCCAGGAAGGCGGGCGGCAGGUGUGGUUUUGCAGAGUCUAUGCCUCAGGAGCGAAUCACAGCGCUGAAAAUGGACGAGACUCCAGUGGAGAUGACGGAUGUGUCAGAUGCAGCCAAUGACAUCGUUGAGAAAGCCGAGGCCCCACCUCAGACGGUGCCUUCCCCAGUGGUGCCCGUCCCAGGUGUAGGUCAGGUGGGGCAAGGUCUGCAGAACACCUGGGGACUGGAGGAGGAGGAGGAUGAAGAGGAGGAGGAAGAAAAUGACAGUGGUGCAGAACAGGAGGAAAAAGUAACAAAGAUGGAAGAGGAACAGCAAGAAAAGAAGGAGAGCAGAGGAGGAGAUGUGGUUGAGAUAUCUGACAGUGAGGAGGAGGAAGUGGUCAUACUUCACCCGGAGACAGACAAAGCUCCUAAAAAUACAGGGUCCAGUUCGAACCAGAAGGGGGCAGCAACAUCAAAGAAAAGACAGAAAAAAUGAAAGAAGGCUCCGGAUGAGCCCACUGCAGUGAACUGCAUAUUCACACCAUCCACCGAGUCUGCAGCACCUCUCCAUUGUAAAGAAGAACGGUCAUAAUGAUUCCCAGAGUUGGGAUCAAAUGGAUGUUACAGAACAGACACUUCCAUGUGUUGGACUCUGAGAUCAGGAAGUCUACUUCUUGUUUCUAGACAUUUGGAUCCAUUUAGAGAAACAGCGCAUACAAAUGUAUAGAAAGUUAUUUGUAACAUAAUUUUUUAUCGGUGAAAGAUGUCAAAUGUUGAUGGAUAUGAUUUAAAUAAAAUAUUCUCAACCACCGUUGCAGAAUUUUACAUUUCA